UAUAUUUAGGUUAAAUUGCAAAUUGGCCCUACCAUUUAGAAAAAGUAAAGAAUUUAUUCUUCAUAGUUUUAGAGGUUAGAAUUUAUUCUAUAGGGAUUAUUCAUGAAGGAUUUAUCAAACCGUAGGAACUAAAUUCUAAUUAUAAACUAUAUGGACUAAACUUCUCCAACUUUCAUAAAAGAAUAGAGACUAAAUUUAUAAUUUAACCUAAAAAUGAUAAAUAAUUUCUGUUGCUUUAAGAAAAGAGAUCAUUGAUAAACUAAAGUGAGAUUAAAUCAACAUUAAUUACCAUGACUUUUCUUUUAGAGAUUAAAAGUUCGUGAUAAAAACAAAGAGAGUUAAAAAAAAACAUUUAUAAAAACAACGGGAGAAAAAUAAAUACUGUACAACAACAUAAUUGCAUUAAAUCUUUAUCGAAAAAAUAACUCCAAAAAGAGAACAGCCUUAUUAAGGUUAAAAACGUGAAGAAAAGCAAUAUAAUCACACACAUUUUUGAAAGCCAGCAGAAUGUUUAGCAACAACGCUAUCACAUAAAGUUUGGGCCAUGAUGGUUUAAGACCAUCUGGUUGGCCUGAAAGCAAUGCAGGUGACAAAAACCCCAAAACUUUUUUGAUAUCUGGCCUUUAAUUCAUCGCAUUCACCCGAAUUGACUGUUGGUAAAAAGUUUUUUCAGAGGACAAUUGUUAAAUAUGCAAAGUCACUUGCUUUCAUUGUGAUUUGUGCCUUCUCUCUCUUUUGGAGUUCUUUGAAUUAAAAUACAGUUUUCCAUCUUCCUCCCACCUCUCAUCUUUAUGAAUAAAAAAUUACAAAGGAAACGCCAACCAAAAAUUCCAUUUUCCCUCUGCACAACCAUCAUGGCCUAGCUGUUCUUCUUGGAUCCCAGGAUUUCAGGCAUUUUGAAUUGUUUUUUGCUUAAUAGUUUAUAGGGAACCUAAUUUAAGACAUCGUAGACCGCAAGACAUGAUUUGGCUUCUCUUGUUUUUGACACUCCCUAGGCUCAAACCCACUUUCUUGUUUCUCCUUUCAUUGGAGUUUGUAGUUUAGUUGUAAUGCCUGUAAAUUCAUGGACCCUCCCUUCAUCUAUCCUAAUCCUCUGUUUUUCAGUCUUAUAUCCUUUCCUCCCUCUAACAACUUCCGCCAUUAAUGAACAGGGUCAAGCUCUACUCAAUUGGAAGCUAAGUUUGAAUGGAUCAAACGAGGCUCUAUAUAAUUGGAACCCCAACAAUGAAAAUCCAUGUGGGUGGUUUGGAAUCACUUGCAACAGAAACAGAGAAGUAGUGGAAAUAGUACUGAGGUACGUGAACUUACCUGGAAAGCUUCCAUUGAAUUUCUCUCCAUUGUCAUCCUUGAACAGGCUCGUCUUGUCUGGAGUUAACCUCACUGGUUCAAUUCCUAAAGAGAUCAGUGCUCUUACCCAGCUGCGUAGCUUGGAACUCAGUGACAAUGGCUUAACUGGAGAAAUCCCAAGUGAAAUAUGCGCUUUGGUAAAUCUCGAACAGCUUUACCUGAAUUCAAAUCAACUCAAAGGGUCAAUACCUGCAGGGAUCGGUAAUCUCACGAACUUGAAGGAGUUGAUUCUCUAUGACAAUCAGUUAAGUGGCGAAAUUCCCAUUAGUGUAGGAAGUCUGAAGCAGCUUGAAGUGAUUAGAGCUGGAGGAAACAAGAACUUACUUGGCUCUGUGCCGGAAGAAAUUGGUAAUUGCAGCAGUUUGGUGAUUCUUGGUUUAGCUGAAACAAGUAUCUCCGGCUUUCUUCCAGCUAGUCUUGGCCGACUCAAGAAACUUCAAACAUUAGCAAUCUAUACUGCACUUCUCUCCGGCCAGAUUCCGAAUGAACUUGGCGACUGCACUGAGCUUCAAAACAUCUAUCUCUACGAGAACUCGCUCUCCGGCGAGAUCCCAAGCUCGUUAGGAAGGUUACAAAAUCUUCAGAGUGUGCUAAUAUGGCAGAACAAUUUGGUCGGUGUUAUACCGCCGGAGCUAGGUAGGUGUGACCAAUUGUUCGUCAUCGACAUUUCAAUUAAUUCCCUGACAGGAAGCAUUCCUUCAACAUUUGGGAACUUAACAUUGCUCCAAGAAUUACAACUGAGUACAAAUCAAUUAUCCGGCGAGAUUCCGAAGGAGAUCGGAAAUUGUCUGAGAAUCACUCACAUCGAGCUUGAUAAUAACCAGCUCACUGGUACGAUCCCCUCUGAAUUGGGAAAUCUCACCAAUCUUACAUUGCUUUUCUUGUGGCAAAACAAGCUCGAGGGAAGUAUUCCACCCACCAUUUCGAAUUGUCGCAAUCUCGAGGCAUUGGAUUUAUCACUGAAUGCCUUGACAGGUUCAAUUCCGACUGGAAUUUUCCAGUUGAAAAAACUUUCCAAGCUUCUGCUUCUUUCCAACAACCUCUCCGGUGUGAUACCGCCGGCAAUAGGUAACUGUUCGUCUCUGUUUCGGUUCAGAGCCAAUAACAACAAGCUCACCGGAGAAAUUCCGCCAGAGAUUGGGAAUUUGAAGAACUUGAUUUUCCUAGACCUUGGAAACAAUCACCUCACUGGAGCGUUGCCUCCGGAGAUUUCCGGCUGUCGAAAUUUGACGUUCCUCGAUUUGCAUUCCAACUCUCUAAAAUUUCUUCCACAAGAAUUCAACAAGCUUUCUUCCCUCCAGUACGUUGAUCUCUCAAAUAAUCAAAUCGAAGGGACGCCGAAUCCGAGUUUUGGAUCUUUCAACUCGCUCACGAAACUCGUUCUCUCAAACAACCGCUUCUCGGGGCCUAUACCAACUGAAAUCGGUUCCUGCUUGAAACUUCAGUUACUGGAUUUAAGUUGCAAUCAGCUUUCCGGAAACAUUCCUCCAAGCUUAGGCAAGAUUCCUUCAUUAGAAAUUGGUCUCAAUCUGAGCUUAAACCAACUAACCGGCGAGAUUCCGUCGGAGUUUGCAAAUUUAGACAAGCUAGGGUCAUUGGACCUCUCUUACAACCAACUCUCAGGUGACCUCCACAUUCUCGCAGACCUGCAAAAUCUCGUAGUCCUCAAUGUAUCACACAACAAUUUCUCAGGACGCGUACCAGAGACGCCAUUCUUCACGCAGCUUCCUCUGAGCGUCCUCUCGGGUAACCCGGACUUAUGCUUCGCCGGCGAAAAAUGCUACACCGACAACCACGGCGGCAGCGGCCACCACACGCUAGCGGCUCGUUUGGCCAUGGUGGUGUUACUGUGCACGGCGUGCGCACUGCUAUUAGCAGCAGUUUAUAUCAUUCUCAAAGAUAGACAUUCAUGUCGAAGAUGCUUCAAUGGGUCCCGCGGUGAAGAUCCAGACGCCGCCUUCGACAGCGACUUAGAGCUUGGCUCAGGUUGGGAAGUGACACUAUACCAGAAGCUCGAUCUCUCAAUCUCCGACGUAAUCAAGUGCAUAACGCCGGCGAACGUCAUCGGCCGCGGCAAGACCGGCGUGGUGUACAGAGCCUGCAUCUCAUCAGGUUUAAUAAUCGCCGUGAAGCGAUUCCGAUCAUCAGAUAAGUUCUCGGCGGCGGCGUUUUCAUCCGAAAUCGCAACGUUGGCGAGGAUCCGGCACCGGAACAUCGUCCGAUUGCUGGGGUGGGGGGCGAAUCGGAGGACGAAGUUGCUGUUCUACGAUUACUUGCCGAAUGGGAAUUUGGGCGCGUUGCUACACGAAGGGAAUGGGCGCGUGGGGUUGGACUGGGAGAGUAGAUUCAAGAUAGCGCUGGGAGUAGCGGAGGGAUUGGCUUAUUUGCACCACGACUGCGUGCCGGCGAUAUUGCACCGGGACGUGAAGGCUCACAAUAUUCUGUUGGGGGAUCGGUACGAGGCGUGUUUGGCGGACUUUGGGCUCGCCCGCUUGGUUGAAGAUGGUCCAAGUGGUUCGUCUUCCGCGAACCCCCAGUUCGCUGGCUCGUACGGCUAUUUUGCACCUGAAUACGGGUGCAUGCUAAGAAUCACAGAGAAAAGCGAUGUGUAUAGCUAUGGCGUCGUUUUGCUAGAGAUAAUAACAGGCAAAAAGCCAGCAGAUUCAUCAUUUGUCGAAGGCCAACACGUGAUUCAAUGGGUGAGAGACCAUUUAAAAAAGAAGAAGGACCCAGUUUUGAUAUUGGAUCCAAAACUUCAGGGUCAACCCGACCCGCAAAUCCAAGAGAUACUACAAGCAUUAGGAAUUUCUUUACUCUGCACCAGUGACCGCUCCGAAGACCGACCAACAAUGAAAGACGUGGCGGCUCUUUUACGGGAGAUCCAACAGGACCAACUGCCAACAGCGGCGGAGGUCGCCGAUAAGCCGCCACGAAAGAAUAGCAACACAACAAGCUUUGACACGACAACGUCAUUUUCAUCUUCCUCUUCUACGGCUCCUGCGAGUCAUUUACUUUUCACAUUGCCACUUCAGGAAUCAUCGCGUUGCUCUUAUGCUUCACUAUCAUCGUCAGGCGCGUAUAUUCCACGCAAACAAUGAUAUUUGUUGUAAUUUAUAUUUAGGCUUUUUUUUUUUUUUACAUUAUUUAUAAUUAGGCUCCUUUGAUUUACGUAUUAGGAAGGAAGAUUAAGAUUAAGAUUAAUUUUAAGAGUAAUGUAUCUUUUGGAUUAUUAGAAAGGGUAAUGUAAGGGAUUUAGAUUUUAGAUCCCCUUCUUCCUUUUUGUCUUCCUUUUUUUUUUAUAGAUGGAG